UGAACUAGUAGCUGUACAACAGAUAUAACAGAUGGUAUAUCUAUAUGGCUACACUACAUUCUUAGAGUUCUUUAAAUAGAGAUGAUUAGUCAGCACGCAUGCAACAACGGGCCAGAAGUUGAUCUAUCCGUCAAAAGAGGAAAUUGCAGUCUCGUGUGCGUCUUCACUUUGCGUUUUUGAUUAGAUGGGCAUAUUCUACUUUUUAUAGUCAAAUUGUUUUGCUUUAUGUUGUGUAGCGAGUGAGCUUAUCCUAUCAAGAAUGUUUAUUAUAUCAGUGGCAUGCUUUCUCCUUUUGGUUUCUGAUGCAACAGAAGUUCUUUAUGUCAACACUACCGUUGGUGAAUCUCCGGUACUCCCUUGUAUCCUGAUGCUCCCUGCUACCACCGACCUAAAGCUUCUACGCUUUUACUGGCAAGACGACAGAGCCUACGUUUUGUACUCUUUUAAUAAAGGGAAGGAGAUGCAUGAGCAUGUACAUGAACUCUAUCGAGACAGGAUCGCAGCCUUCCCGCAGGACAUCACAGAAGGAAAUAUUUCAGUCAAACUUGAAAACACAACACUUGAAGACAACCAAAGGGUUUUUCAGGCUUUUGGAGCAGUUUUUGAUAGCAGAGGGAGGAACAGAUUCGAAUUUGAAUUUAGACAAAUCUGCCAAAUGACCUUACAUGUUGCAGUUCCCUAUAAGAAUAUCAGCCUGAAUGUAAAUAAAGAAACAAUGACUGCAGUCUGCACUACACAAAGAGGAUUUCCCAAGCCUUUGGUAAAGUGGAGACUUCACAGCCAACACCUUUUAGACCUGCAGGAUGUGAACACCACCGCAUUGCAGGACCCUCACGAUCAUCUCUACACUCUCACAAGCACUAUAGUUAUCCCUGGAGGUCCAGAUCCAUCUGUGACUUGUCUCGUUCACAACCCUACCCUAAAUGUGACUCUGAUCGCCAUGUUAAACAAUGGUGAAGCAGAGACGAGCCGCCCCAGCUUGGCUGGAGCUCUGAUGGUGGCCGCUGCUGCUGUUCUCAUUUACUAAAUGUAUUGGACUCCCAAGCCAACCACACACCCUUCUUCCCCACCUAACUGCAAAUAUUUAACCACACCAUAUCUGGAACAUAUUUAUUUUUUUAAAUUAAAAAGUCUAUACGAGGUCCAACUCAUUGUUUCUGUGGCCUAACAUCACUAUUGCUCUUAUGGCUUACAAGACAAAUCAGUUCCAAAAGCUAGAAAGAGUGGGGCUGUUUCAACAGCACGUUAAUGUAUUGGUCUAUUCAGACAAAUACAUUUGGUGCCAGUAACUCUGCCACUAUUAGUGUAAGGGAUGACUCAUUGGCCAACAUUAUUGGUCCCCCAGCAGCCAGUGGUAAAUAACAACGCUGGUAAAUGACUGUGCCAGCAGCACCAAGUGGUGAACAGGGCCAGUCUGGACUAUUUCGCAGUGGGUUGCAUCACCGAUAAGUCUUACCAAUCAAAUCUACUUUGGAGACGCUCAUUUGAACUUUGAUGGGCGUUCUUCAGGGUUACCGCUAUGGGCGUGGUUUUGAGCCGGCGGGGGAUGUUGUGCUUUUAAAACUAUUUGCUCAAAACCAACUUCUUCCCUCCCUCUCGAAAUUUGAAAUUUGGAGGGAGCAUUGAUGUGUAUAAAAUGGAUUUUGUUAAACAGUCAUUUAGCCAUGAAUCGAAAACCGAAGGAUUAUAGUAGCUGCUCUACCUCCGGAGGAAGAAGACACAUUGUUGCAUCUGGGUUCACCUUAUCCGGAGUGAAGUUGCCCGGCGGGAGUGUAGGGAGUACCACCGCCUUUUGUGGCUUGACAAUGACAUGUUAAGGCAACAUUUCAGCCUAUCCAAGGAGCUUGACGAGCUGCUCAUUUUUGUCUACUUGGAACUAAAGUUUCCUGAGCAUUUUUGCAGUAGGAUGUCUAGAACCAAGGACCAAUGAGAGACUUCCCCCAGUGUCCCCUGUGCUCUACUUCUAUGCAAAUGCAGCGCCGUCUUCCCGCGAUGCUUUGCAGGAUGCGUUAAAGUCGCUUUAUGUCACCCAUAUCAAUAAAAUGGUGCGUGGCGCGACAGAAAUGUCGCACGGCCAGGUGGAUCUGCACGGUUAGACCAUCCUUUUUCCAUACCAGGUGGCCGCCUGGAGCCUGUGCAGGUGGGGUAUACACACUGGACAAUAGCACACACUAAAUUUAAUAGCUGGAUUAAAAUCUGGGUUUGUACUGCAAUUUUUAUUGGCAUUAAAGAUGAUCAGGUUAAAGACGCACACACACACACACACACACACACACACACACACAGGUGUUUACAGUUAUUGUGAUGAGCGCUCUGCUCAGGUUGGAGGUGGGCAGGGCCUUUUUUUUUAACAAGACAGGUUACAAAUGCUCAGGAAGUAGGAAAAGCACAGGUGUAAAUAAUGAAAUGAAUGGUGACUGCAUUCCAUUUAGCUGCUUUGUAUUCAGGCUCCUAGGAUUGCCCAUGCUGGCUCACACGAUCUCCUACACACAAGUAACAUUUUUAGGCGUGAUUCAGCUACUUGGAGAGAGAAAGACAUGCAGAAUGAAACGCUGCAAUAAACCAUGCAAAGUGCAGCCAUUAAGAGCAGAAACAAACAGUUUUAUCUUCUCAGUUAACUACAAAUGUCCACUGUAAAACAUAAUGGAACUGUGCAUGUCCAUUAUGUUCAGUCUUUUUUAAGUGUUCACCUGCAGGUCUCUGGUAACAAGCUCUAUUUUGAUGCUUCAUUAUGUAAUCUGACACCUUGUUUACAUUCAAAGUACACGUCUACAUCAUUGAAACAUUUAUGUAAAAAAAAUAUAUAUAAAGAGUUGUUUACUCUGGAUUUAUCAUGAAUUGUGAUGUUUAAGAUAUUAGUAGUUGUACUUUUGUAAAUAAUAUUAGUAUUGUGCAUUUGCCUCAUUGCUCUCUUCCUAUUCAUGCUAUUGUUUACUAUGUUUUUUGUUUGUGUGCCCAAUUUACCAAUGCAUAUUCCAUAAGUGUACUUAUUGUGGCCAUAAAACCUUUUGUUUCAGAGUAGAAACACUGCUAUAAUUAAACAUAUUGACAUAUUGACUAGAGUUGGAAAAACAGUAAGUGUAGUGCAUGUGCUCAAGAACUGUUUGUGGUAAUAAAAUGAGGUAGUUGGACUUAUUUCCAUAUUAUGCUACUUUUUACUUCUGCUCCACCACACCUCGGAGGGAAAUAUACUUUUUACUCCACUACAUUUAUUGACAGCUUUAGUUACUUUGUAGAUUCAGAUUAUUUACAUAAACUAUAAAUCUAUUAGUAAAUGAUAGUUUUAACCAAUCUCUC